GCCCUACCCUGGACCGGCCCGAGCCCGGCUUACGCAGAGCAUAUUACAUCCAUCCCGCCGUCCCCCAGACGCCGGACCCGCGGUCGCCAGCGACACGACCGCCGGUUCCCUCGGGCGUCGGGCCAGAAGCCCGUAUUGAUGGCGUCGCGCUACACCUUCCCCGGAUUCUUUUAAGCUUACCUUUUUCCUGAUGAUGCUUAAAAUGUACAUCAGACCGUCUGGUUCUGAAAUAGGGGACUACGACCAAAGCACAACAACUGUAAUAUCUUAUCGUUGGACCACAUAGUUAUAUUGGAACAGCAAUUUGAUAAUUAGAAACCGUCCCGCGGUGCUCCAGAUAAAACACCCAAAUUAGUGUUGUUGAUAGGGCGUUUGUGUUGUGCUCUGCACUUGUUAUCUGUAUGCGACAUUUCAUUACAACUUCACAGACAACGACCUUUGCUCCUCAAGAUAGAGUUACGCAGCGGUGACAUUGCGAAAGGCUGAGCGAAAUGUAGUCGUAUGUAUUCUGCGUUAGAAAACUUCUCCUAAGCACAUGCACUCCGAAAAACUUUAAGAGUUGAGUGACAAAUGCGCAUACCGAAUAAUAUAAAAUAAGAGAUUUUUUUAAGAGGCUACUGAAAACAUUUAUCCUUCUGUUUACCGUGCAUAGAUUGAUAGCAUCGUCCUAAGUAUUUCGAUCGCGGGGGAUUAUAAUUGCUCAAAACAUCUUAAGGCAAUUUCAAUCACACCAUAAAAAGGCACGCAAUUUUUCAUGAAAUUGAGUGUAUGCCAAAUUACAAAUGUACGCUGAUAUUCCUAAAGUCAGCAGAAAUCACAAAGUAUAUGGCACCCUAAUCCGAGACAUGAACUCCAUUUUAAUAAUGGCUCUCGUUUUUUUUUCUUCCGGUGCUGAUAGCCUUGAGAGGCUAUUUCAGCUUCUCCUUGACUUGUAGGUGAGCUCAGGGGGUUGUUGCUAGCACUGGCCCUAGUAAGAGCAGUGCUUCGCAGAAUCUAUCACCAGAUCGGAAACGCGACCCACUGAGAAGAUCCGGCGAGAAACUCAGUGAGUUGUCUCUACGGCUUAAUUUACUCGUCGAGCCCUUCGUCGCAAGCGACGGGUACGGCGAUGAUGGUGAUCGGUGCUUGAGGUAUCUAAAAGUACCGAGGAUCCGAAAUGAAGUGCUUAGGGCACGGCUCUCGUGCUCGUCCAACAGCUUUCGACAACAAUAGACCAGGAGGUGGAUCAUACUAAUGAACGAAUGUUGGUUGGAUGGACAUAUUGGUAUGAAAAAGUUAGAUCUUAUUCCAUAAUUUCAAUGACCAAAUCAAUUUUCAUCAUACAAAAUUGAUUUAGAAGAGAUGCACGAUCUUUCAGCAGAAUUCAUGUAAGACAAUGACAAUCAAACUUUUCUAUGAAAAUUUAAGAUCACAGUCGCUUCCGUGGACUAUGAAAAUAAUAGUAAAGUUUUCCCCGUGAGCUCCGCCAGUUCUCGGUCGGUAGCCGCCGCACGCGAACGCUAGGCGCGGAGUUCAGUGCCGGGAUUCAUAAUAAAUAAAACAAGUGAUUCAGAUUAUUUUUUUACUUUAUAAUUUUGUGAUCUUUUAAUUUUGAUCACGAGUGACGAUGUGACUGGCGGUCACACUAUACGAUCGACUAACGAGACAGCACGCGCCGCCGCCAUGGAGAACAUCAUAGCUCUGGACUUCACCGAGUCUGCACCACUAAACUUCUCCCAGUUUGACUUCAGGGCAUUGAAUCAAACCAACAUCACAUCAAGCUCAAGUUACAUCAGCAGACGGCAGUUAUUUGGGAUCGUCGUGAAGAUCGUGUAUGCUAUAGGAAUAAUUGGGAACACUAUAGCUAUCAUCGCUUUGAGGAGAGGAGAGAGGAGGGUCCGCAACAGAAAGCAUUUGCUGCUGCUAACCUCGCUGGCGGCUAACGACGUCGUCGCCUUGGUCGGCAUGAUGUGCACGAUGGUGGUAACGGAGCAGGUGCCGGGAGUGAGCUCGAAGCAGUGGCUGUGCGUGACCAGGGUGGUGCUGCGGGUCUUCGGCAUCGGCAGCGUGUGCAUCGCCGUCACGAUGGCGCUCGAGCGAUACCUCGCGCUGACGAGACCCUUCUUAUAUCAAAAGCAAGUAACGUACUACGUGAUCCGGAUGGCGCUGCUGCUGUCCUGGCUCUGGGCGGCGCUGCUGACGUGCGCGCCCGUGUUCGGUCUGGGGCUGUACUACGACCCCCGGCGCGGGAAGUGCCUGCGCUACAGGGAAGCGCAGUCCGCGACUGACUUCGCCUAUGCUAUCAUCUACGUUAUCUUUGGAACCCUCCUCUGCGUAAUCCUGGUGUACUGCAAUCUCGCAGUGAUCAGAGCAUUGUACGCGAUCACGGCGCCGCGUGCCGGGGGGCAGCCGGUCGUCAGACGGGUGUCCAAGAGCAGCUGCAGACAGCGACAGCGAAGCCUCAACUCCGGAAACAACCUGCAGUCUAUGAACCACAACGCAGCCACGGCUGAGGAGGUGGCUUUCAGUAGACUCAUGGCGACGCUUUCGGUGCUGUUCAUGAUAUGCUGGCUACCGCAAUUGGUGACUUCGGCUCUGUACUUGUCGCUGGGCCCGCCCGCGUGGCCGCGGCUGGGUCUGCUAGGCGAUCUGUCCGAUGUCCUGAUGCUGCUCAACUACGUGCUCAAUCCCAUAUUGUACGUGCUCAUGAGGCAACGUCGAAGAGUAUCUCCCUCCACUCUGUGUCACAGCAUCGCGCAUUGUUUUAAGAGGAGUCACAAGAGAUCAACAGAGUCAGUGUCGAUGAAAACAUCGUGUUGCCCACAAGAGACGGUGAUGGUGAGCGACAGUUCUGGCGCGGAGAUGCGACCUCUGCGCGGGCACGCUGACAACACCGCGCCCCUGCUCACACCCACACCUCACAUCAUCAAACUAGAAGACUAGACGACCAGACCACCCAAAGAACAAAUCAUCUGACCUAAGCAACGAUUACCUGUACAUCUAGAAACUCUUAUCAUAUCGACGCUUGAAAGGCAAACGUGACUAAGCGACAAUAACUGCUUUAUUUAUUUAUUCCAUUCAAUACAAAGUCAGGCUUACAGUUUGCACCAAAACGCCUGACUCGUUAACACAAAAAACAUGAUUAAAAUUAUUAAGUACUAACAUAAUAUUAUAUAUUACUAGCUGACCCGGCAAACGUUGUGUUGCCUUAAAUAAGAUUUCUAGGGAAAUUGUACUGUAGAAAAAAAAAAACAUAAUACCUCAUUAUAAACAAAAAAAAUAUAUCCAAAAAAUAAAAAAAAUAAAAAAAUGUUUGGGGUGGACAACCCUUUUCACUUAGGGGUAUGAAAAAUAGAUAGUAGCCGAUUCUCAGACCUACUGAACAUACUAUUGAUACACAAAUAAAACCAAAAAAACAUAGCUGAAAAAUGUAUAGUAUUGUAUAGCUCUCAAAUAUAUUACGUGUAUAAUCUAUGAUGUAUAGUGAGUAAGUAAGACAGGAGACCGGCUUCGUCUUCAUCCUGGCGACACCUGGCGGGGAUAGCUGAUCGAUUGAUAGUUGAUCAGUAGUCGACCGGCGAGGGCGGGAGAUCAAAUUGAAUUUAAAAAACAUAAAUUAAAGGAACUUGAAAUUAUAAACUCUGAAUAAGAAUUUAUCGUACUACAAUUAUAAUAUUUGAUUGCCAUCUUGCAACCUUAUUGCGGAUCAGUGCAUAGAAUAAAAAAAAUAUUAAUCGGGAUGGAAAAAUAGGGGUUGAUCGUAUAAGAGUGAAAAUUGAGAUUAAUAUGAUUUUUUUUAUUUUAAGUCAUGACAAAACAAAAUAAAAAAUUUGCCAAAAAAAAUUAAGUUUAUAAUUAACAAAUAAAAAAUAGGGGUUGAUCGUAGAGGGGUGAAAAUUUCAGAGUAAUAUGAUUUUUUUUAUUCUACGUCAUGACAAAAUAAAAACAACAUUCUCGCAAAAAAAUUUAAAGUUUUUAAUUAGCAAAUAAAAAAUAAGGGUUGAUCGUAGAGGGGUGAAAAUUUAGGGUUGUAUGUAUUUUUGUAUGUUGUAUCAUAAAAAAAUAGAAAUUAAAUAUUUUGUCUAAAAAUUAAAAAAAAAAUUUAGGGGUGGACUACCCCUAACAUUUAGGGGGAUGAAAAAUAGAUGUUGGCCGAUUCUCAUAGAUACCGGAUAAGCACAAAAAAUUUCAUCAAAAUCGGUCAAGCCGUUUCGGAGGAGUAUGGCAACGAAAACUGUGACACGAGAAUUUUAUAUAUUAGUAAAUUAUAACAGAAUAUAAAUUAUAAAAAAUUAUUAUAUUAUAUAUACAAAGCGUUACCAAAGCCACAAAGAUCCGGCUCGUACAAACUCUUGUUUUUCCCAUAUUCCUAUACGCUGUGGAGACGUGGACUUUGCGGCAGGUCGAGAGAAAGAAGAAUGAUGCUCUGGAGAUGUGGUGCUGGAGACGAAUGCUUGGUAUUUCAUGGACCGAACUUCGCACCAAUAUCUCCAUUCUUCGAGAACUCGGCAUUAAGCAGCGUCUUUUGGCGCUCGUGCAUGGACGCAUACUAUCAUUUUUUGGACAUGUCUCCCGGCGAGGAAAUGACUCCAUAGAGCGCCUUGUCGUUCAGGGCAAAGUAGAAGGCACCAGACCGCGUGGAAGGGUGCCCAUGCGAUGGACCGACCAGAUCAAGUCGGCAGUUGGCGGCUGUUUGCAUGAGUGUACCGGGCUCACCACAAACCGGGAGGAGUAGCGAUUGCUCGUGAGGCGCAUAACAUCUGCCCACAACAAUGAUGCUGGAUGACGACCACGACCGCUCUGACAAGAGUGAUACGACAUACGAAUACGAAUUAUAAUAUUAUGCUAAAAAUAACAAAAUAUACCCCAACUAUCGGCAAAUACGUCAGCAUCCUGGAUUUCAGACAGAAAUUCGUUUAACAACGCAAUUGCCCUGGCCGUUGGAAAAUUCCUAGCUCUAUAUCUCUUUAUACAUAAAUGAUAUUCGAUGCGCAAAAAAAAUAUAUUUCUAGGUCUAUUAAAAUCAUUUCAAUCCUACAGCUAGGCUCGUUAAAAUAGAUUUUUUUUCAGGUAUUUCAACUUUAAAUUAGUCUACUGUAAAGUUCACGCAUUGUCGCUUAGUAACGUUUGCCUUUCAAGCGUCGAUAUAUAUAUUAGGAAUUUAAUACAAUUAGGUGAUGUAUAAGACUUAAUUUCGUAAACUUAAUUUGGUAUUACAUAGAUACUAAGUCAAAAACGGAUACAUACUCCCACCCCAAUUUACUAGGGGAAUAUUUUUUGAACACUUCAAAAAUUAACUUGCGACCAUAUUCUGCAAUAUGUUGUAAAGUAAUCUCCCCGCCGAGUUGUGGUGUACGGCGCCAUUACAUCCGUCACUCGGAUUUCAUUUUAAAAUUAUCUUUUUCCCAUCAGACAUGUCUUAGUAAGUACUCCAUCGCUUCAUGAAUCUUUGAGUCAUUAAUGAAUUUAAUGCUAGCGAUGAAAUUGAUAGCGUUAAGUUUCAAGAUUGAGUGUUCAAAAAAUUGUUUCAUGUUUUCACAAAGAACUGGAUUUUUAUUGGUAUUUAUAACAUUUGUAAAUAGACCAACCUCACAAUAUUUUAUAUGUAAAUAAAUGCAAAAAGUUCCCGCCUAAUUCAUUAAAUUUACAGUUUAAGCAUAGUCCACUUUUAAUCAACAGAACUACCAAAGACAAAUAAACAAUGUAGGAAAUUAUAUCUCUACAACGUUAUCUUUAUAUAUUCACUCGGUAUUCUACCAGAAGAGUGCGUAUAUAAUUGAACUCUAAUGUAAUUUUAUUCUGAAAUUGCAUGUAACGUAUUUAUAUUGAAUACAAAAUUAAAUGUAAAUAAAUUAUAAGCUAAGAAAAUAAUGAUAAUUAAAAAUGUUAUAUAGAUUAUGAAACCCAAUGUUCGUAGGUAUUAAUUAGUAGUAAGUAUUAAUUUGAUUAUCAUAAUUACAUACAUAUGUAUGUAUAUAUAUGUUAUAACUAUCAGUUUGAGCUACUGUUAAAAUCAUCAACUUAUAGCUAUCUGAAAGUUAUGUGUUUUAUGAAUAACUGUAAUCUAUUUAUAAAUAAGAAACAAAAAUAAACCUUUCUCAAAUGUAUCAAAA